AUGUGCAUAGCUUACUUUGCGUGGCAACACCCGCAGACCCCCGACCUGCUGCUUUGUGCGUUGUUUAACCGUGACGAGCAGCUGGACAGGCCCACCGCACCCAGCCACUUUUGGGAGAACGACCAACGCAUCCUUGGCGGCCGAGACCUGGUGGCGGGUGGCACGUGGAUGUGCGUCGGCACGCAGUCGGGGCGGGCGGCAUUCCUCACCAACUUCCGAGAGCUGCGAGACCCGCCCUGCGCAGCUGGCGCAGGCGCGGCGGGCAAGGGGGAGCCCAACCACGCCCUCGGCACCAUGGACAGCUUCCGCCUGGGCACCCCCAGCCGCGGCGAGCUGCCUGUGGGGUUUGUGAGGGGCGGGGCGGAGCCGAAGCGCUACCUGCAUAGCCUGCACGGCGGGGAGGCGUAUGCCGGCUUCAAUCUGGUAGUGGCCGACCUGGUGCAGCAGCGCAUGGCCUACCUGUGCAACAGGGGCAGCGGGCGGCCCGAGCCGCUGCCGCCCGGCCUGCAUGCGAUCACAAACGGGCUGCGAGACGCACACUGGCCAAAGAUGGACGAGGGGUGGCGCCAGCUGCAGAGGUUGCUGGAUCAGGGCGCCUUUGGCGCUGCCAGCAGCAGCAGCAGCAGCGGCAGGAACCAGGACAGCAGUGGCGGUGGCGAUGCAGCCGGCACCACUGGCGGCGGCGCAUGUAGCAACGGCAGCGACCAACAGAGUGGCGACAGAGGCGGGGCCCGCGGUGGGAAGGACAGCAGCAGCGGCGGUGGCGGUGGCGGCGGCAGGACCAGCAUUCCAUGGGAGCAGCUGUUUGCCUUGCUGUCAGAUGAUCGGCUGCUGGAGCGGGACCCUGCCAAGCUCCCCCAGACAGGGCUGGGAGACGAGUUUGAGGCAGCAGCCAGCGGCAUCUUUCCGAUUGAGACAGGGCAGGGCCUGUUCGGCACCCGCAGCCAGGCAGUGCUGGCGGUGUGGCGGGAUGGGCGGGGCGAGCUGCGGGAGCGGUAUCGCGACGACAAGGGCGGGGACUGGCGGGAGGUGCAGCACAGCUUUGAGCUUCCCCUAGGUGGCAGCCAGGGUGACGCCGGGUAG